AUGCUCAUAUUUCAACUGUUGGUUUGUGUGGCUUGGUUGGUGCGGCGCCCAGGGCACAUAGAAAACCGGCAUUGGAUUGUUUCAGCUGUAUGCCAAAUCAGUCGCACAGGUAAAGUUGCAUUAGGCCCAGCAGUUGUGCAUCAGGCUCCGGUCAAAGGGGCGUUGCUGCUGGACAGUGCAGAGCUGGUGCACGGCUUCACCACUUUGCUGUUGAGAUUCAGUUCCAAGGCCAGGCUGGUCCAAGAAAAUGCUACGGAUGUUCCACAAUGUGAUUCAAUUCUUGCAGUCCCCACUUUGGCGAUGAUUGGUUCAUUGCCAUCCUGCCAGUGGUACAAUGAUGGGCAAGUACUUCAGGUGCUGCUAGGGAAUGGCCCAACCGUACAGACGGGAAGCACCAUUUCGACUUUGCCAUCGGUGUUGGCAGCAGCAGACACCAGCGAUGCAGCAGGGGCUCUAACGGCCGUGGUUGUGUCAUCACUGGCUCCAGUGACGCCUGGAGCAGUGCUUCAAAUCUGGCCACCGCAGGCCUUGCCCUGUAGCUCUGUCAUUUUGAGUGGCACGCUUUCGACCGGUGCAGCCGGGCGCCACUUUUCUAGCGUUGCCUGGCGAUUUGGCACUGCAGACGUGGCCACCGGAGGGUUUGAGGCGUUUUUGAAUGCAGCCAGCACUUCAAACUCGCUGAAACUGGAAAUUCCCGGGACGGCACUCUCUACUGCUGUUGCAGCAAGCGCUGCAAAUCUGGUCCGGCUUGAAAUUGUUCUCCAAGUCACGAACUGGUUGGGUCUCUCGUCAGAAACAUCCGACAUCCUGACAGUGGAUCGGUCAGGGACGGUGGCCCCACUCGUAUAUCCCAGUUCAAUUACCAAUCGCACUAUCCAAAGCAGCCAAGCAGUAAGCUUCAGCGUUGCAACCAGGUAUGCGGACCAAACUGCAUGUGGAACAGCCAUCUCGCUGCCCACCAGUUCUCUGUCAGAGAACUGGUUUGUGCUCAGCAACUCUAGCUGGUUGUCCUUGGACACUGUCUUGUCAGAUGGUGCUCGGGAGCCCUGGAAGGUGAGCUUGGCGAGCUACGCCUUCUCACCGGGCUCUACUCAGCAGCUAAAAGCUACCGCAUCCUACGGGUCUGGCCCAGUACGGGAACACGUGUUUAACCUGAAGGUUGAGGAUGCCAUUCCCCCUGUGAUCCGUAUCACUGCCCCCUAUGUUGUUUCAGAGACGUGUGGCUUCAGCCUCGAUGCCUCUGCCACCUACGACCCAAUUGCCCCUACAACAGACGACUUGGUUUUCUGGUGGUCUUGCGCAACAGGAACUGGAACCAUUGACUGUCGACGCUUGGUGAACUUCGGGCCACAGAUUUGGAUCCUCAAGAAUGGCACUGGAAGCUCUGGGCCGUUGUUGAUCGUGGAUGGUGGCCAACUGACAGAAGGCAACUACACCUUCACUUUGCAAGUUCUGCGUGUGUCAGAUCAAGCUUCCAUUACCAAGGCAUGGACGUUGGAUGUGGUGAAAGCACCAACCGUCUCCAUCGCCACGACCCCUUCGUGGUAUGACGGGCAAUCCGUGUCGACACAACCGAACACUGUGGGACCCACCAGCACAGCAUACAUUCGGACAGGCCAGGGCUGUGGCGAAAGGCUCUCAGCCCAGUGGCUGUGGGCCUUGGUAGAGGCAGAGAGCCCGUUCAACAUCGUGACCUACUUUGGCAAUUCUUCAGAUGCCUCAACUUUUGCCGCAUUGCCCGGCGAUGUUCCGUAUGACUAUUUGCUGCCCGGAUUUCGCUAUUCUUACGCUUUGCUGGAACAAGCAGAUCAGAUGCCUCCGACCUUGCUGGAUGCAGAGACCCAGGGACUCGCUUUCGGGCGGACAGUACCUUUCCUGGCUGAUGCACCACCAGCAGCGGGCCAAGUAGCAUGUGUACCAAUGAUCGGCACUGCUGCGGCAACCGACUUUUUCAUCAGUAGUUCUGGAUGGCAUGAUGAAGACAUGAGCAAUUUGUCCUAUUCAUACUACUUGCUGCCUUUGCCGGCUGGGGUGUCUUUAGCGAAUGAUGGAAAUGGAGGCGUCUCGGUGUCGGGCAACUUUGUGCCGCCGCAAGUCGACUGGAAGGAUACAAGUAGUCCAAAUCACUGGAUCGCUUUGGGCGGCAUAUGCCUGGGUCACAGCCAAAGCAUGCUGCAGCUUCGCUUGCCCGCUGGACAGCAUAUGUUGGCAGUUCUCGUGGAAGAUAGCCUUGGUGCGGUGAGUUCUGCAUUUUUGGCUGGUCCGCUGGUUGAAGCCUCGUCAUCAGCUGCAGACAUUGAAAAGGGCCUUGACAUUGCGGUCAUCUCGAACAAUGCGGAGAUCAUUCUCAGCACGCUGGAUGCUACGUCAGGGACUGGGUUCGAUGCCACGAAAGAGGCGGAAGCAUUCACUGCAGCAGCCAGAGUUGCUGACUUGUCGGAAACGGGAAUAUGUCGGCUAAGCCGAGUGGCAAGCAGGCUUCUCGUCAAUGCGACCCCAGCAUUUGCAUACAUGAUCUCACAGGCGUUGAGCACGGUCCUGGUUGACAUGUCCGCUAUACCCUCUGUGGGUGUGAACCGGCUCCCUCGAGUUGUUUAUUCAGUGGCUGUUGCCUAUGCCACUGAGGUGGAGGAGGUGGUGCUGCGCACCGAGCAGCUUACAUCUUUGGCCACAGAACUGGGAAAUGCAAUCCUGGCCACCGUGCAGCUGGACGGCUCUCAGGUGCUGAGUUGGACACAAGAUGGCAGGGGCAACCCGUAUGCUUGGGCCAACCAGACCACCUACGCCUCUACAUUUGUCAGCUCUGACAGCACUGUUGUCGUGCUUCAAAUCCAGCAUUGCUUGAGUGACGAGAUCCUCAACCUGUCCCAACGGACGCUGACCCUCGAGCUGCCUCUACCUGAACGGCCAACAGCUUCGUUGCCAGAGGGGCAUGUCUACAAAGCCACUUGUGCAGUCUUUGAUCCUGACGAGAGACAAUGGACCAGAGACGGCGUGCGGUGGACUGAAGAGGAAGAGACAAUCAAAUGCCAUGUGAAUUCUGGUAUCGACGUUGCUAUGGCCUUCACGGCUUUCUACAGGGCAGCGCCAAACCUCGAAGAAGAGCAACCGGUGAAUGUUGGCAUCAUGGUAGUUGCUAUCCUUGUGUUCUUCUUUUGCCUGGGAAUCGUGGCCUACAGUAACAGCAAGAAAGGCUCACAGGCAAGCUUCGAAGCUUUGUUGGAACCAAAACGCUGUUGGAAACAGCUUCUGGGUUUUUAG